AUACAUCGAGCAGAGCCGUGUUCAGACGUGCUCUAUACAUGUCAUAGUUUUAUCGCUGGUUUUGUAUUUGAAUCACAGUAUUUCUUACUAAUUGUUAAAAUUUAUAAUCAUAAAAAGAUCAUCAUCAUGAUUCGUUCAAGUUUUGUUGCCAUGUUAUUGACUUGCGUCGUCUGUUCGUUUUGUGAUGAAGACUUCGUCGCGCUCGGUCGCCAUUCGUGGCGUUGUAAACAGCGGAUUAACCAAGCAGAACGAGAUCCCCCUGACGCUACUACAAGACAAGUGCCUGUAAUGCAGUCCCCUAAUGUUCCUGUGUCAAGUCGCACGGUUGUCAAAUGUUGUUGUGGCAAGAUAUGCAAAGGGACGCGCGGCCUUAAAAUGCAUCAGCGCAGUUGUCAAGUGAUACAUGGCCUUAACGACGAGCUUUGUGCAGAUCUUGAGGAGCAAAUAACUACGGAUAACAGCGUAAAUAUUUCAGAAAUUGAACACAACGGCAAUGAUAUUAAUACAGUUAAUUACGAUAAUUUUCCUGAACUGAAGAAAGGCAUAAAUCUCCCGAAAAAUGAUUCUGAAUGGUCAACGGCUAAUGAUUAUUUUAAAUGUGCACUCCAGCCAAGUGAUCCAAUCACAUUGCAAGAUCUAAAUUCAAAAAUCAAGCUUUUAAAUGACGCGAUAUACAGCUACUUUGCAAAUAAUUAUGGACAUACUGAAACUGUACCCGACAAAAAUAUGGGAGCUAAAUAUAAAGAGUAUACGGUUAAAGAGUUAAAGAAAGCUUUACAAAAUUUAAAAUCCAAAAAGGGUGAACUCAGUGAAAUUAAAUACGUAUCGCGUACAUUGCGUGACAGGCUCCGUAACAAUGGCAACGAUGCCGAUUACUUAAAUGACAGUGAGUCGUUUAAUCACAACAAAUAUCUGGAACGAAGCUUUUGGGGCUAUGUUAAAAAUAUAAUCAAUAGAAAAGACGCAGUAUUACCAUCAUUUAACAUGACUGAUUGCCUUUCUUAUUUCUCUAAAUCUCUGGCUAAAAUUAAUCCUAACAAGCUAUUUGUAAUUCCCAGCUGGAUCCCAAAGUUAUCUGAUCCUGUAGUUCAAUUUAACCUUGACCCCCCAACCUAA